UAUUCAAUUAAAACUCGAGAAAUACUUAAGUAAUAUAAAAUUGGCAUUGUUUCUUAUUAAAUAAAACAAAUUCAAAAUAUAAAAAAAAAAUUAUUUGUAACCAAAUACACCAAAUACGUACAAUUUUAGUUGACAAACAAAUAUGAAGUUUUAACAUGUUUUAAAUAAUUUCAAUUGUAAAUAUUAAAAAUGUCUGGAUACAAGCGCGUGAAUUAUUAUGAACUGUGUCGUUUGUGCACCAGCAGUGAAGGUGUUAAAAUUCAUAUAUUUUGUGAAGAUGGAAAACGACGACAAUUACAAAACAAGAUUCAAAUUUGUUUACCGCUGCAGGUUUGUGAAGAUGAUUCUUUACCGAAAAUCGUAUGUGCUGGGUGUUUAGAAAAAAUAGAAUACUUUUACGAUUUUCGUGAAAGUUGUGUAACAUCUGAAGGAAUGUUAGAAUCGUAUUUUACAUCAAUGCGAUAUUCGGAUGAUUUACUUCGAGAACGAAAGGUUUAUAUUAAAGAGUCCGACAAGUCACGCAGUAAAUCAAAACCAUUACCACAAUCUCUAUUAAAUCAACAACAAAACACCAUGAAUGAAGAUCAAACACAAAGUCAAAAUCAACCUCAAACAGUCAUUAAUCAAAAUAUUACAACAUCUUCACAACAAACACAACAUCAAACACCAACAAAUCAUCAAACAAUACAGCAAAACAUUCCAAAUAUUAUAAAUACGACCAAUACCAAACAGCAAAAUUCAAAUAUUCAAACAACACAAUUAACGAAUUUAGAAAUAAUAUCACAACAAGUGCAAACUACUCAACAGCCACAGCAACAACAACAACAACAUGUGCAACAAAAUCAACACGACAACUCAAUAGUAACGCAACAAUUAACACAAGAUUCAGUCCCGCAACAACAUACUCAACAGAUCAUACCACAAUUUAUGAUUAGUUUAACAAGACCUGGUAAUGAGAUAUUACAAUGGCAAAUUAAGGAUAAUGGAUUAUCUGAAAGAUUUAAAAUAUUAGAUCAACUACCAGCAAUACUAACACAAAACAUUUGUUUAAAAUGCCGACAAAUAUUUUUAAAUACCGACGAUUUAACAAACCAUAUAUGUUCAGCGGUUGAAUCACCACCAUCAUACAUUAUACCUGAUACAGAGAUACCUGAAACAAUUACAACAACCUCAACAAAACAGCAACAAACAAAUGGUACAGCAGCCACAAUGACCACAUCAUCUACAUCAACAACAUUGGAUAUACAAAAAGCAAUUUUAUCUAGUUUAGAUCAAAUCGAUUCAUCAAAUAGCAAAGAUAACAAAACUACAAAUCAACAAAAAAUAAUAAGUCUAAAGACAUCAACUGAUAAUAAUUCAACAUCAGAUGAAAGUAAAUCAACGACUGUUAAUUCUACUGCAACUGUCACAACAAUGACCACGUCUUCAACAAGUACAACACCUAUAACAACACCUCCAAAACAUCAAUUUAGCGUACAAAAUGGUUUAUAUAUGUGUGAUACAUGUGAUAAAACAUUUAAGCGAAAGGAGCAUUUAAUGCAACAUCGUAAAUUACAUUCCGGUGAACGUCCGUUUGUUUGCGAUAAAUGUCAAAAAUCAUUCUCACGCAAAGAACAUUUAAUUCGACAUUCGGUUUCACAUACUGGGGAAAAAUGUUUUGAAUGUGAUCAAUGCCAUAAAUCGUUUUCACGUAAAGAUAAUUUACAUAAACAUCGUCGAACGCAUUUACCAUAUAUCUGUGAUAUAUGUAACAAAAGUUUCAUGUUUAAACAUUAUUAUUCCACGCAUAAAUUAACACAUUUACAAGAAGGUACUGUUGCGACAAUUCCUGAAGAUGAUAAAUCAAAAAUAAAAAAACAAAAUUCACGCCGUAAAGAACAAAGUUCACCACCGUCUUCAACGUCAUCGUCAACAACAACAACGCCAUCGAAAAUUAAAACAGACCCUGAAAAUGUUUUUAUUCAAAAUGGUGUUGAUAAUAUUAUUAAUUUAGGAGGAUCUACAAUCAAAUUUACUCCUACAAAUAAUAAUACGUCGGAUCAAAUACAAAAUUUAAUACAAAGUUUAACUUCAGCUGCGGCGGCUCAACAGCAAACGAAUAAUGUAAUUACAGCAAAUAUGAAUCAUUUAACUGUUGUACAAAAUUUAGUACCAUGUACAACCGAUUUAACCCAAUUAGUAAAUAAUAAUAAUAAUACAGUAACAAAUAAUAAUGGAACAAUACGUAAUGGAAAUGGUACAACAACGCCACAAACUAAUUUGACAUUAAUCGAACAAAGUAGUAAACAUUUAGCACAAAUAUUAACAUCACAAAAAUAUCGUGAUAAAUAUAUCGCAAACACAAAUAUCAAGUUAGAACAAAAUGGUGAUAAGAAUUUAAUAACACCAACAAUUUUAAACCAAGGUGGUAUUAUUUUAUUACCAACAAAAUCUCAAAAUUUUAUAUCAUUAAAUCCUCAAGAUUUAAUAAAUGUUGCAACUCAACAACAACAAUCAACAUCCACCUCAUCUUCAUCUCCACCUUCAGCAAAAAUAACAAAUAAAUCUGAUAUAAAAUCAACGUCAAAUAAAAAAGUGAAAUAUACACAAUCGAAUAAUUUUACAAAUAAUACAAUUGUAACAAAUUUAAAUCAAAUUGGUGGUGGUAAAUCAAAUGUUUUAUUUUCGUCGAGUAGUAGUAAUAAAAAUGGUGGUAUACCAACAAAUGUUAUAAACAAUACAAUUGUAAAUACGGCAACGUCACAAUUAAAUCAACAGCAUCUUACGAAUAAUAUUUAUCAGCAUCAUAUAAAUGGACAACAGAAUUUAACAGUACCAACGUCUUCGACGUCGAAUGCUCAAUUUAUUUGAGUAAACGAGACCAUAUAUGUUGCUGUUACAAUGGAUCAUAUUGUUUAAAAUAUUGUGUAGUGUUCAAUUCAGGUGAAUCUGUAUAUAUUUUACCGAAUUAAUGUUUUUGGGGCAAAAUAAAUUUGUUUCAUUGACCCUGUCAUACAGGACGAAUGUUCUAGCUUAUGAAAGUUACUGAAAAAAUAAUCUGUCUAUCGUACGAAGUUGUGCGAUUCGUAAUAUUAUGGCAAAAUAUUAUCGGAAAGCCUGAAUGAAGUCUCUCUUACAUGAGGUAAACCUUGUAUUCACUAUCUCAUCCCAUCUCCUCCGCCAUUCAUAAAUACUUUAAACUUUCAACAAUUAAAUAAUAAUAUACGAAAUAGUGACCUCUCUUAGGCCACCUUGAAUGUAAAUCAAUAUCUAUUCCGGAAAACACUUGUUGGUUUUUCACACGCAUAUUUUCAUUGGAGAUUGUAUUAAUUUGACAAGUGCAGACAUUUCGAAAAACGUACCACUGUUGAACGAUUUGUGAGAACCUUUGGGUAUGUUCGUCUCUGUAUGGCCGGCUACUAAUGUGCCAGUUUUUUUCAGUAAUUAUAUUGAAAAUUUAACCUUUGAUCUUAGUGCAUUUAUUUUUGGCAUUUGAAUUAAUGAAUUUUGACUCGUACUAGAAAUAAUCUAGCUCACUUAAUUGUGGUUAAAAAUUCAGCAUAGCGUUGAAAGCUCCCAGGGUAUCUACGACGUAAUGUACGACUAUACUAACGAUGCAGUAUCAUUUUAUUUUUCUCAACGAUUUCUCAAAUCUGUUUCUUUAUGAGAAAAUAAUUUUAUUAAUAAAUGAAUGAGUACAAUCUUGAUUAAAUAUUUAAGGAACUGCCAUUAAAAUCACUAGUGGGAGAAAAACGCAUGCAAGGGACAUUUUCUAAAAUAAGCAUUUGAUCACGUUGUUUCAUUGUAUGAAAAUAUUAAAUAAUUUUUUAUGCCUUUUCAUUAAUUUGAAUAAUUUUCAUAAUUUAACGAGAAUUACGUACGAAAACUGUAUCAUAUACCUUUUUUUUACAACGUGUCUACGUAUUUUGUUGAAAUAUAAUUUUA